UCUUGUUUUUCCCAGCCAUGCCUGCGCUGUGAAGAGUCAUGCUGCUGUGGAUUUGUGUCUGCGUCUGGCUUCCAGUUCAGGCCCGGGGAGCUCUGCUCGUUUAUCGCAGAGAUGCUGGCCCGCAAGAGACCAAAGAAGCUUUGGGCCCCAGGUUAAUAACGAAAAGAAGCACAAGCUCUUUGAAUAUGGUGGAGGUGUACAGCGUGAAAGUGGACUGCACGGUGACGUCUCGAUUCGCUCACACUGUCAUGACCUCCAAGGCUCUGAACAAAGCAAACUCCUCCCAGGAAAUCUUCUUCGAAGUGGAGCUCCCCAAGACGGCCUUCAUCGUGAACUUCAGCAUGGAAAUUGAUGGUGAGAUGUAUGUUGGGGAGGUGAAGGAGAAAGAGAAAGCCAAGAAACAGUAUGAGAAGGCUGUUUCCUCUGGAAAGACUGCUGGACUGGUCAAAGCUUCUGGAAGGACGAUGGAGACGUUUUUAGUGUCUGUCAACAUCGCAGCCAAAAGUAACGUGACUUUCAUUCUGACCUACGAGGAGCUCCUUCAGAGGAAACUGGGCCAGUAUGAGAUUCUGACUCGAGUUAAACCCAAACAACCGGUGCAGGAGUUUCAGAUUGUGACAAACAUCUAUGAGCCCCAGGGCUUUGCUUUUGUUGAGGCCACUGCAACCUUUCUCUCCAAUGAUCUGCUUCCCCUGGUGGAGAAAACUGUCACAGACACAAAGGCACAAAUCUCUUUCUCACCAACACUGGAGCAGCAGAGGAUAUGUCCAGGAUGUGAAGGCACCAUAAUUAACAGAGAUUUCAUUGUCACGUAUGAUGUAAAACGGAAAGAGGGCAUUGGGGAACUUCAGAUUGUGAACGGAUACUUUGUGCACUUCUUUGCUCCACCUGACCUCGUCAGAGUCCCAAAGAAUUUGGUGUUUGUGAUUGACAGGAGCGGAUCAAUGAGGGGAACAAAGAUCAAACAGACCCGCGAUGCACUAGUGGCCAUUCUGAAAGAGCUCAACGAAGAGGACCACUUUGCUCUGAUCCUGUUUGAUGAAAGAAUUACCACCUGGAAGAACUUUCUUACCAAAGCAACAAAGCAAAAUGUGAUUAGAGCCAUUUCCUACAUCAGGAAAAUGAAUGACAGUGGAGUCACCAAUAUCAAUGACGCUGUACUGAAGGCCGUGAGCAUGCUGGAGAAAGAAAGACGAGAAAAGAACCUUCCAGAGAGGAGUGCCGACAUGAUUAUUUUACUGACUGAUGGGAUGCCGAACAGUGGGGAGUCCAACCUGCAAAUGAUUCAGAAGAAUGUACACUCUGCUAUUGGAGGGAACAUGACUAUGUUCUGUCUUGGAUUUGGAAAUGAUGUGGAUUACUCCUUUCUUGAUGUGAUGUGCAGACAAAACAAAGGAGUGGCCCGCAGGAUCUAUGAGGGUUCAGAUGCAGCCAUUCAACUCAAGGGUUUCUAUGAGGAGGUGGCCAGCCCUCUGCUCUUGGAGGUAGACCUGCGUUAUCCUGAGAGUGCUGUGAUUUUCUUGACCAAAAACCACUACAGCCAGUUGUUUAACGGCUCAGAGAUCGUGGUGGCCGGUCAGCUGACGGACAGUGACAUGGAUAACUUCUUGGUGGAGGUGUUCGCCCAGGGGCCUGAGGAGGACUUCCAGGUGCAGGGAAAGGCCAGUGUGGUAAACUUGGAUGUGACCUACCCAGAACAGGAUUACAUCUUUGGGAAUUUCUCAGAGCGUCUUUGGGCCUACCUCACCAUCCAACAGCUACUGGAGAACAGUGACAUUGGUACUCAGCAAGAGAAAGAAACUAUGACAGCCAAGGCCCUGGACUUGUCUGUGCGAUACAACUUCGUCACCCCUGUUACCUCCAUGGUGGUCACCAAGCCUGAAACUGAGGACGGACCAGACAGCCCUCUCAUCGCUGAUAAACUGACUGAGGACCAGCGACAGAAAGCGGAGAGAAACAGUGGUUUCAGUUACACUGGUACCAGUUCCCGUGGUACCAGUUUCAGAAGCAUCCCCAGAAGUAGAAAUUUCUUUCUUGCCGACCCCGUAAAUCACGAUAGUUUUGGAUCAAGAAGUAUCAGUUCCGGUAGUAGCAGUUCCCUAAGGAUCAUCCCCAGAAGUAUCAGUUCCUGUGGUGGCAGUUACCGUAGCCGAUCAGAUGUGGACGGAGAACCUCACCUCAAAAUAGAGCUGCCAGACAGACAUGACGCUCCAUGCUUCAACAUCAACUACAAACCAGGAACCAUUUUCAACCUGGUUAGAGAUCCAAUGGCAAUGUUACUGAUUGUAACACUGAUAAUAUAUGCGGUUUGUGAAAGUUAGAACGCAGACAGGGGGAUUAAAUGAUGACAAAAAUAAUAUGGUGGUAAAGCUUUCCAAUAUUAAGCUCUCAUAGAUUAUAUAAGUCUUCAUACUUCACAUACCAAAUUAACUUCUCUACACUUCUUUGCAAUCAAAUAUAUAUUUAAAUAUAAAAAAUGUUUUCCCCCUGUCAGUACAGGAGUUACACUGGAUGUACUUUGCUUAGCCCAGCAUAUUUGGGUUUAAUGUAUUUGCACUUUGGGUUCACUUCAAGGUAACAUGGGUGUGUACAUGACCUCGGCCACAACUGCACAAAUGUAAUUUUGCCUCACUCUGUGCUUUGAGCUGCUCGUUGAUUCACAAAAACCCCUUUGACCUCUUUGAGAAGAGGUGAACAAUAACUUUUUGGCAUAUACACAUGUUUACUAUGUUCACCAUCUUAGUUAAGCAUUUUUAUCACGCUAACAUGUUACUAAUCAGUACAUAGUACAGCUAAGGUUGAUAGGUUUUGCAGGUAUUUGGUCAUAAACUUAAGUAUUGGACAAAUAGGAUUUGUGUGACUGUAGUGUUGCCUAAAAAGGAAGAAACCUCUACACUGGUGUAAUAACCCACCCACAUACUGUACGUCCUCAACUCUCACUACAGCUCUAACUGGGCUGAAUGGGAAAUUUAGAUUUGAAAUACAAAUUUGAGGUCUACAUUAUAUUAAGAGUUCUUGAUGCUUUAAAACCAAAGUUGCUUUGACCUUGGCUCUUUAAGUGACUACAAUAAAUACACAUUUA